AUGAUAAAUGUUUAUAUAGCUCGUCAGGUUGCUGCUAAGGACAUGCAGCCAUGCCUGAUAUGCAGUAAACCUACAGUGACUGUUCUUUAUAACGCUUCUGGGCCAGAUUGGCUUUACACCUGUGACAUCCACCUUCAUGAUAAUCCUCACUUUGCCACGCCAAUCUAUAACGAUGAGUAUCAGGAAGCUCUCGAUAAGCUCAAGAUGCUAAAAGCCCAGGUUGGUAAGCUUUCGGCUGCAGACAAACCUGCCUCCUGGGAUGGUUGGGUAUCCCAGAUCUUCAUUAAGAAGCCAAAGAAGGACGAUGAGGAUGCGAAUGAGGAUAAGGAUAAGGAUAAGGAUAAGGAUAAGGAUAAGGAUAAGGAUAAGGAUAAGGAUAAGGAAUUGAAGAAUCAAGCCGACGAGAAGAAGCAGGCGGAUAGUUUGAAGGAGUGCCAGCAAAAGUACAAUCAGCAGAUCGAUCUUGUCACUUCUUUACAGAAAAAGAGUCGAAAGUAUAAACUAAGUGAUGUUACCUUCAACAGCAGGGUACAGAGGAAGAAGAAUGAGCGAAUACAAGCAGAAAGAAGGAGGAAGGAACAGGAAAUGUAUAGCACUACUGAUCCUGAAGAAAUUGCGAAGAAGUUUGCAUUCCCUACCGUCCCAAACAACAGCAUAAAAUGA